GUACAAUUGCAAAUUGCGGAGUGCAGACGACCCUUUGGUCUUUCUUGCAAGAAAAAAUGGGUGCUCUGUCUAAAUUCUUCUUGUCUCCAAUUUACAAAGCCACUUCAAUUUGCUUCUCUAAAGUUCUUCCUGAAGCUUUGAAGUUCUUGAUUUUAUCUGCGGUUAUUUUAUGGAGUUCUUACAGGCGUCAAAGCUCUAGGCACGAGUACAUGGCACAGAUCGACAAGCAGAGCUGCAAAUUUGUAUACAGAAAGAAGUUGAGGCCAUCUUUGGAGGCAACGGAAUGUUCCAUCUGCUUGUGCGAAAUUGAAGAAGGUGAUGAAGCAAGAGAGCUGCAUUGCAAUCAUGUGUUCCACAAGAAUUGCCUGGAGAAAUGGUUGCAGCGCUGUCGUGCUACUUGCCCGCUUUGCCGGAGCUUGGUGGUGCCUGAGGAAGUUGCCUCGGAGCAUAAACGAUCACAGGCUGAACAUCAGCUGCUGAAGAAUAGUGUGGAGGAGGAAUUGGCUCUUAUGUUGUUGUCUACCAUGACCAUGAGUGGUUGGAGCUGUCAUUCUGGGUUCUAAUUGCUCAACAAGAUUGAGAUAUCUUCUCUCUUUUCUGGGAUUGGCAAGAAGGGCAGUUGAAUCAAACACCCCACCAGUUAAUGCAUUAUGAGCAACAUAUAGUUGGUAUAGAUGAGAUAUUCUUUGGUUUGGUAGGAAAGCAUUUGUACAAAAUGGUGACUCGCAAUUGUUUCUAGGAUGAAUUACCAAAAUUAUUUUUAACCUUA